ACGUGUCGGCUGCUAGAUACUUGGUGUUAUGAUUUGAUUGAUAACAAUAACUUUGUGGAUUGCGAUUUUCGUUCGACACAGUUACGGUGUCCUAGUAGCGAUGAGUUGAUUUUAUAUUGUCAUGGUUAGCUAGAGAACUGCCAAUCCAUAUUUUUCAUCAUUCCGGGCUGGACUUUUUCAAUUUGAUCCCGCCUUCGUGACGUUAUUGUUAAUACGGUUUGUUGGUAUCAAUUGCCAACUCAAAGGUAUACCCCUCCCCCUGUCCUACUUCAUGUACGCAGAAACUGUCAAAAGAUGUUUGCAAAUGUACUCCGGAUCUUUAAUUAAAUUCCCAUUUCGCUAAGAUAGAUAUGAGGAAAAAUGAGCUGGUUUGACGCAUCGGGAAUUGCCAAUUUGGCAAAGUCAGCGCUUAAAGAAGCACAGAAAACAAUUGACAAAGCGUUGGACAUCAAGGAGGAGGAACAAAAGAGAAUUGAAACACCAUUGAGGGAUGAAGAUAGAGCUGGAGACAGUACAGACUUUUUUGCUGAAUGGGGAAUAAAAACUGACGAUGGGCAAGGAGACAAAUCUAAUGAAGUGACAGCCAUCUGUAAAGAAAAAUCAACAACUAGCGUAAUAUGGGGUAGCUUUGCAGGGUCAUUCUUCGAAAAUCCUAGCUCCAGUACUGAUGUGCUGGGUACAUCUUCUGAAAUCAAAUCUGAUUCUGUAUUUUCCUCACAAGACACUAUUUUACAAGAUACGCAUUUAAAUAACCCUACGACAUCUAUACAAUCUUCCUCUUACAACCGAAACAAAGAAUGUCAAAACGAUCCUGCUUUCCAACAUGAUUCUUUGGAUAGACUGUUGCAUACGUCACCACUUAGGAUGGAUGAUACUGCUCAGAAUUCUACCAAUAGUAAUAAUAGCGGUAGGACCAAGGAUCUAGUAGGAAAGUUGCCAAAAAUGAGGCAAAAUCCUGUUGAAAGCGCCCUAUUAUCUCCUACGGAUAACUACGAGUCAUUCAAGGGACUAGAGGCACUUGACCUGGGAGAAUCUAACGAUACUAUUCUUGAUGAAUCAUUUAGCAAUAGUCAACUUAUCGUGGAUUUAGAUGAGGAUGGAGUACGAGCUGACGGGGAGGAGGGUAGAAGGCAAAGUUUGGGUAAUAGCUGUGGAGUGUUUGUUAGCCCUGCCGAGGCAAUGGAUCCAAGAAACCCUAAUAAUCUUGCACAAAGACGGCAUAGUAGCGAAGAAACUAUGCCCGAAGAUUCGAAGAAGAUCUCUGUAAUUAGGAGACAAGAAUUGAAUAGUGCAAACCGUAUCACAAACAGGACAUCUGUCGUAUCGUCAGGGAGUGAUAUGAAGAGUUCAGAUAGUGUUGAAAUCCUAGGGUCAAGAUCCAGUCCAGGUACCGACUGUACAACGACACCAGAAUCUGAUAUCCAUUCGUUUGGUCACUCGACUGGAUCGUCAGGUGCGGGUACGAAAAUAAAUUCAGAUUCAGUUGAGAUAUUACCUGACAACAGCAGCUUGACAACAUCUCCAAGCUCGGUGGAAAUUCUCAAUGAAUGGAACAGCGAAAGCAGCCCCUUUGUUUCGCCAGACGAUGGUGAGAGUAUUACACCAUUGAAUUCGAAUCCGAUGAAACCUAUGUCAGGACGAGGACAUCUGGAAUCAGCAGCAACACUUUAUGCUGAGUGUGCAAAAGAUACGGAAGAAUGGCAAACCUCAGGGGACACGCCAAUUAUUCACACACCCCAAUUGCCCACGAAUAGUCUCAUAGCAUCCAGUUCGUCUAGUGCAUGUUUGAUCAAUCAGUCCAGCUUGCCAGCAAAACUCAGCACUGAGCCCGAAAGUGACGCCAUAUCACCGGACAGUGUUGAAGUGAUUCCGGAGAGAGAUGAGUCGGAAGAACCGAGCUUGGCUGAUGACUCGUACACCUCCGCGUCUGAGAGCACUGUCCUAUUGACUGUGAUGGAGGGUACCCAUCAUCAAAUGGCCGACCGUAACAAAUCAAAGGUAUUGGAUUUUGUCGACCGAAACUCAAAGAUGCACGAUUCUUGUCCUGAUACAAGUCAGAAUGUCUCACGCUCAAUGCUGGCAGAUACACAGCUGAACCUUAGCCUUGACUCAUUGAAAGAAAAGCAUAGUUUCCAUCUUGCCCUCACACCAAUAACCACACAGCCUAUACGAAAGCCUGUUGAUUCUCUUGAGUUCGAGGUUCUUGAUACGUUGAAAUCCUCUACGAUAGAACUGCCGGAUCCUGAUACCUUCCAGGAAAAUAUAGCUCAACUUCAAAAAAACGAAUUCACAGAUUGUCGUGAUCAGCAACAGCAACAAAGUGAUACAUUUACCACUGAUCAGUCCAGUUGUGAGGAUAUGCUGAUUGAAACCAGCUCAGCGGACAGUGCCAUGCUGGUCUGCCAAACUGAGCCCAAAAUUGUAGACGCUACCACUUUAACUGCCAGUUCUUAUGUCAAAAAUAUGCUAGCUGAAGCAAUGGUUGAAAAGAUUGAGGCUAUCGAUUCGGUGCAGCGGCGUGCCCAAGUUGAAACUGCUAGAGAUACUUCACCAAUUUCCUCAGAGAGUCGUUCGGACCUGGUCAAGAUCGGAUCAGACCAAACCAGUGGUCAUACAAGUGGAGACGAAUUAGAGACGGCAACAUCGAGUGAUAUUGAAAUAAUAUCCAGGUACAGUCCAAAUGGUGAUUCAAGUUCAACCCAGUCACGUCAGAGUCCAGCCAAGUUACAAACAAACAAAAGUUCUGAUCUCCUUACUAAAACUUUGAAUAAGGCAAGGGGUCACUCCCGCGAGCUUAGUGAAAUAAGUAUCGGAUCAGAUGAUACAAACGUUGAAAUUGAGAAGCUGCUCAAGAGGAUACAGGAAAUGACUGAAAUUUUGGAAGCGAGAGAAUCUAAGCUUGUUGAUGUAAGCCGUAUCAACAUGGAACUACACGAAUGUAACGAAAGUUUGAGAAGCCAGUUGGAUAGUAUUCAAAAACGUGAGGAGGAAAACCAAGAACUUAGCCAAAUCACCGAUGAAUAUACUCAACGGCUUUCUGCUUUAGAGCGAAAAUUCCAGCAAGCAAUUAGAGAGCGGGACACAUUAAGAAAGCAAAUGGAACAGCUGAAACACGAAACUUCAACAAGGUUUUCAUCUCAGGAACUAUCAUCCAUUGGAGCAGAGAAAGAUCAAGUUAUUAAGGAAUUGAGGGAGGAAGGCGAAAAAUUAAGUAAACAGCAGCUACAGCACAGUAAUAUAAUAAAGAAAUUGAGAUCUAAAGAGAAAGAGAACGAUAACACUAUUAAGCAGCAAAGGGAACAAAUUGAAGAACAAUCUCUUGAAUUGGAGAGACUCAAACGAUCUCUGUAUGCCAAGGAAGAGAUUGAACGUACUCAAAUAGAAGCGGUUCACUCGCUCACGGCAAAGACAAAAAGACAAGAAAAAGAAGUUUUGACUCUACAAGAAAAAUUAGAUGAUGCUCUGAAUAAAUUGGAUACCUACAAAAAAAGCCUGGAAGCUGCAAAAACAGAUUUAACAGAAACAAAACAGCACUUGGUAUUUGCUGAGCAGGAACUGAAAGAAGCUAUUGAAAACGCGGGGGAGUCCAGCCAACUUUCAGCGCAAGUUCGUGAACUCAAAACUAGAUUGAGACAAGCAGAAGAGACACGUGUGAAGCGCGAAGACUCCUUGAGACAAGAGAACAAUGAGCUGUUGAAACGUUUGGAAUCAUCUGAAGAAAGAAACGAAGCACUUUCCGAAUCUGUUUCAAUGGCCACAAAGCCACUGUUGCGCCAAUUAGAACAGCUACAAUCUAAUUUAUCGACUAAGAAUGCCAGUUUUCUCAAACAAGAAAAAAUAUUGUCAGAGACAAUUGCUGAAUUGCAAAGAAAGCUUGACACUACGGUUGAAACAAAUAGAUCUCUUAGAGAAGAAAAUGUAGCUACAAAAUCUAGACUAACUAGUUUAGAGGCAAAAAUAACCACUAUAGAAUCAGAAAAAGAUAAACUGGAAAAACUCUGCCAGGAAAAAAUGUUGGAAAAUUCACAGUUCGCCGAGGAAUGUAAAAUACAUCGGAAGAGGUUAGCGUCAGUUGAAGAAUCACAUGCCAAACAAAUAAAAGAACUAAAGCGUGAAAUCAAUUCACUGGAGAAUAAAUUGUCCAUGGAAAAGGCUGCCAUUGAUGCCGAGAGAAGGAAAAACAAUCCUAUUUUGGAACAACAGCAACAAGGGCUCCCUGAUGACGAACCAAGACUCAGUCCAACAUCUAGCAUCGGAAGAGAUUCUAUCGGUAGUUUAAGCAGCGUCUGGCCGUCGUUCAACGAAUCAACCUUUGAGAGCGGCUCUGGACGGUUUGGAAAUGUUUACGAAAGCGUGCGAUCAGGCGCUAAUAACAGCACUUCCAUGUUUGAAAAUUUGCAGUCUCAGCUGAAACAAAGAGAUGGAGAAGUACAGCAACUUCAAUGGGAACUAUCAAGGCGAAACAUGGAACGUGACGCUCUUAACUCUGAAUUGUCAAAAUUGACGUUCAAAGUAGAAAACCUGACUAGCAGACUUCACGAAGUUGAAUCGUUAAACGAAAGCCUUAACGAUACUCGGACCAAAUACGAUGCUUUGCUGCAAAUGUAUGGAGAAAAAGUGGAAGAAAAUCAAGAGCUUAGGCUCGAUUUGGAGGACGUCAAGGAGAUGUACAAAACUCAGAUUGAUCAACUACUUAGACGAGAAGCACAGUAGCUGUGGUUAUUACUUCUUACAUGUAUAUUGUCCAGGCCGAUGCCUUAUUCUAACCAUUCGUACAUAACGUAAUAUUUAGUAAUUUAAUCUUAUCUAUACAUCCCAAGUAUUGUAUAAUAUUCCCGAAAAGUAAAGAGGUGGUAUACAAGGAA